GCGUAAAUGAAAAUAGACGUAUUCUAGUAAAAUACUUGGUAAAUAAACAUAUCAGUCCACAACUGAGCCAGCAAAUAAAAUAUUCCAUUGAUACACUACUGGUACACUUACUAUCAGUUGAUGAUAAUAAAUUGAUGUUUGUUUGCUCAUCAGAGCGAUCCAUCUAGAUGAAGCUGCAAUUUGAUUUAAACUAUAUAGUAUCACAUUUAUAGUAUCACAUCGAUCAAUAAUGAAGGAUGAGAAUUUUGUUUUCUCCAAAUAUGUAGAAAACUAAGUUUGGGUAAGCAACUAUGUUCUUUUUUUCGUUAUUGAUAGUCCAGUGGUGCUUGAGGGAAAUAAAUUCAAUACGGCGAAUCCUGGUUCGAACCCCGCUGGCCACACGAAUAUGGGCUAUUGUUUUCGGCUCAUUUGAAUGCCCAUUAGAGAAUCUAUCCGUAGGCUAUACCUCCACCCGGGGAAUUAGAUAUGUGUUUUUAAUAGAUCCGGAUUUAACCCUUAUUUUUUUCAAAAAAAACAUUAAGUGUUUAUAUAAGGUUUGGAUAGUAUGGAUUUUCAUCGAUAUAUUAUUAUUCUAUGCAAUUUAAGAGGGUUGAUUUUCUCGAAUGUUACAUUAACAAGAUUUUCACAACUACUACGAAUAGUUGACCAAUCAAUUUUCAAUUUAAGUGUCAUGAUUACUCAUUAGUUCUUUCUCUUGAUUAACAGAUUUACCGUAUUAAUUAUAAAUCCCCAGGUUAAAAGCAUAGUAAGUUUUACUAAUCCGUAACGUAUUCCCUUCCGCUCAGUUUUCCAACGUGUACUCUGCCAAUCUGUUAUUUAUGGACCUGAAGUUUUUUGAUGAGAAUUCGACCAAAAAGAGUUUUUUUUUUAAUGAGAAACAUGGUAUAACAGCGGAAUGUUUAACUAAACUAUAAAAUAAUAUAACAUUUGUAAAAUGAAAAUUUAUGAAAUAAUAUUUUACAGGGAUAAAUUUUGUGGAAUAUCGCGUUUGAAAUUAUCUAAAUAAAAUUUUAUUAUAUUUAGAUUUUAUUGGAUUUAUUUUAAAAAAUUAAAAUAUUUAUAAUUGAGAUGAUUACUAUAAAAGAACAUAAAAAUGACAAAUGAUGUGAUAAACCCAAAUUCCAUAUGAAUCUUACCAAAUCAUUGUUGAUAUGAUCAUUUCAUUGCAAAUAAAAACAGAAAAAAUCAAGGAAUGAACGGCAAUUUACACUUGCUGUUACUUAUUUUUAUCCUCCAAAACAAUGUAAAAAGAAAAAAGAAAAUCAAGCAAAGAUUAAGGUGAAGUCAGUUACUUUGUUGGGGGAUAAAUAGCAACUUUUGUAGUUGUGUGUGACCUCUGUUGGACUUGGUUUGGACUAUUCCUCAUCAUCUUCCUGCCUCUCUCUCUCCCCUCUAGUAGAGAGAAAAAAAGUGCAGAAACCAUAUAAGAGAGUGCAUGCAGAAACGAUGAGCGAUUGAUUGUUUAGAAAUGGAGACGCCGCAAAAAACUAUAAUCCAGAAUGGGACUCCAGUUUCUAAACUCAAAAACUCUCCAGUGUUCAACUACAUAAACAACCUAUCUCCAAUCAAACCUGUCAGAUUAAUCCCAAUCGCUCAAACCUUUGGCUCUCUCAGUCCUUCUGUCUACACUCCCCCUCACAAAGGAUCUCGUUUCAAAAGGUCAUUACUCAAAAGUUACCUCCUCUUCUCUUCUUCCUCCUCUCUUCUUAUUUGGAAUAUGUUUUCGUUUUGCAGUCAUACUUACUUCUCCGACCCUUCCAAAGAGUUAGUAGAAGAAGCUUUACUUGAAACCAUACCGCCAGAAAUACUCAAGAAUGACUGCAUAUCUACUCCUCCUCGUAGAGCUGCUGCCAAUGAUGGUUCUUGCGGAGAUGGUGAGACAGAUCUGCAGAGAAUGUGUGACGGCAAUGUCAAGCGGAAAAGUGAUACUCCAGACUGGGAAACUCAGUUUCCGGAUACUCCUGAAAUGUUGAUUUAUGAUACACUGAAUGAUUCGGAGGCUGAUAGAUGCUUCUUGCCGGCAUCAUCAGACUCCAAAAGACGUUCAUGUGGCGGUACAAAGCCAAGACUGGAGCCUGUUUCAAACAGCAAAGAGUUGGCAGAUUCUCUUCACCGUGGAGUAAGAAGACGCCUUCUAGACUUUGAGAUGCCUUACAAGCAAACGUCAGAAAAAUCUUCAUCGAGUUGUGUAGUACCACCUAGCACUGUUCUGCAUCUUAACGCCUUUGCAAUGUCCUUUAAGGACAUCAAUGUUGGUAAUGAGUACUCAUUAUCCGGAAACAUUAAAGCCGGUUUGCAAAAAUUUGAAAAUGAAACCGGGGAAGCUGCAGGACAAAGUGUAGUAGAAGAGGUUCAAAAGUCUUCUUUAGCUUUAGUAGAAAUGAAUCAAAGCAGUCCAAAGAAAAAAAGACUUAAGUCUGGACAAGCAGGAGAAGGAGAGUCAGCAUGUAAACGGUGCCACUGCAAGAAAUCCAAAUGUUUGAAACUUUACUGUGAAUGCUUUGCUGCUGGAGUUUAUUGCCUAGAGUCAUGUUCAUGUGUAGAUUGCUACAACAAACCAAUCCAUGAAGACAUUGUUUUAGCUACUCGCAAACAGAUUGAAUCCCGGAAUCCAAUUGCCUUUGCUCCUAAAGUCAUUAGAAAUACUGAUUCUUCCAUCAUGGAAGCUGGUGUUGAUGCAAGCAAAACUCCAGCGUCAGUGCGGCACAAAAGAGGUUGCAACUGCAGGAAAUCAAACUGUGUGAAGAAAUAUUGUGAAUGCUAUCAGAGUGGAGUUGGUUGUUCCAUAAACUGUAGAUGUGAAGGAUGUAAGAAUGCAUUUGGCAAAAAAGAUGUGUCUUCAUUUGUUGGCAUGGAUAUCAAACAAGAUGAUGUCAGCGAAACAUGGAAAACACAACAGAACAACGAGUUGGUUAGGUAUGUUCCACUUCCACCUUCAACACCAAUGCUAUUAAGACAACCAUUGGCUCAACUUCCCAUCUCAUCCAACAACAUGCUGCUUCCUCAACAGUCUCAGCAUCUUCAUGGAGCUUCUGGAUCUUCCUUGUACGAGAGCCAAUCUUUCAGAAAACAAGGCACGAGUUUGUUGUCCCAUUCAAGGACUGAGAAAAUCAUAGAGGAUAUUGAGAAUCUAAUCCAGUCCCCGAUAACUAACAUCAAUGCAGUGUCUCCCAACAGCAAAAGGGUUUCUCUGCCUCAUCUUGAUUCACCAGAGUUGACUCCAAGGAGAAGAAAUGGUGAGAGGAAACUGUUACUGUCAAUUCCAACUUUUCCUUCUUUCGCUCCACACCAUUAAAAAUGUUCUUUGAAACUGUUUUUGAUGUCAACAUCUAGUUGGCUGUUUAACCUCACACAGCAACAACAUACACAAAACGUUUCUAGUAGUUUAGUGAUAGCAAAUUUCGUUUGGUUCUCCAAAGAUUGUUUAGUUUAUCCUUUACAACAGAUGUUAAGUAGUUUUGAUUGGUUUGAUUUAGCAAAGGUUGUUUAAUUUCCAAAGGUUAUUUAAUCCUCUAUAUAUUAUUUGUUAAACAUUACGACUUU